UUUGAUCAACAAUAUUUCAUAUAUUUUAAGAAUGAAUAUUGUGUAAUUGCAUUGAAUUGGUUGUCAUUGCAGCAUAUUGAAUGUAGUUCUUUUUAAUCGAUUAUACACCAUCUUUCUAAGGAAUUUUGUGAUUUUAUUCUAUAUGCCAUAAAUUUAAAAUGAAAGAUGGCGAAACAAGCGUGGUUAAUAAGCAAGUGAAAGAAAAUUCUAUUGACGUUCUGUGUUACAAUAUAGCUAUGUCUAAUUUUUAUUCAAAAGUUCUACCCAAACAUCAAAAAAGAUUGCCAGAUAUGUCUUUCCCCCAAACAAAUACGUGGAUGAAUGCUGAAAGUUUAUAUAAUGGGCCUUUGUUAUCAAUAUCCACAUCUCAAGUGUCUCAAAAGGAAAGUGACACUGUGACACAACCUUGCACUGCCCCGUCUAGUCCACUAACAUCGCCUGGUGUUCGAAACAACACUGUGUUCACAUUACCAUCACCUGGUACGGAAGAUCCAAAUUGGCAAGCAUCAAAAUCUACAGUGCGUGAACGCAAUGCUGCAAUGUUCAACAAUGAACUUAUUUCUGACAUCACAUUCCUUGUUGGAACUCCAGAACAUAAUAGAAGAAUUCCAGCACAUAAAUAUGUACUAGCAACAGGAAGCUCUGUAUUUUAUGCAAUGUUUUAUGGUGGCUUAGCUGAACAUCAAGCAGAAAUUGAAGUUCCAGAUGUGGAACCUGUAGCAUUUUUAACUUUACUAAGAUAUUUAUAUUGUGAUGAAAUUCAGUUAGAAGCUGAUACUGUACUCUCAACUUUAUAUGUUGCAAAGAAAUACAUAGUUCCACAUUUGGCAAAGGCUUGUGUAAGCUAUUUAGAAACAAGUUUAACUGCUAAAAAUGCGUGUUUAUUACUGAGUCAAUCUCGACUAUUUGAAGAACCUGAUCUCAUGGAAAGAUGCUGGGAAGUUAUAGAUGCCCAGGCAGAAGAAGCUUUAAAAUCUGAUGGAUUUGUUGAUAUUGAUAGUUCUACAUUAGAAUCUGUGUUAUCUAGAGAGACUUUAAAUUGUAAGGAAAUGAAUUUAUUUGAAGCGGCAUUGAAUUGGGCGAAAGCUGAAUGCUUGAGAAGAGAUCUGGAACCUUCUCCUCAGAAUAAACGUUCUAUGCUGGGACAGAACUUAUAUCUAAUUAGGCUUCCUACUGUAACAUUAGAUGAAUUUGCUAAUAGGGCAGCACAAUAUGGUGUACUCACACCUCAAGAAACUAUCGAUCUUUUCUUAUAUUUUACAGCUACGAUAAAACCUACUCUUCACUAUCCAGUUAAACCGAGAACUGGGUUAGAACCUCAAUUUUGUCAUCGAUUUCAAUCUUGUGCUUAUAGAAGCAACCAAUGGCGUUAUCGUGGUAGAUGCGAUUCAAUACAAUUUUCUGUUGACAAAAGAAUUUUUGUAGUUGGUUUUGGAUUAUAUGGAUCAUCAAACGGAGCAGCGGAAUAUAAUGUGAAAAUUGAAUUGAAGCGUCUAGGUAGAGUAUUAUCAGAAAAUGAUACAUCAUUUUACUCUGACGGCUCUAGUAAUACAUUUCAAGUGUAUUUUGAAAAUCCUAUACAAAUUGAUCCUGAAUGCUACUAUACUGCAUCUGCUAUUUUAGAAGGUAGUGAAUUAAGUUAUUUUGGACAGGAAGGUCUAUCUGAAGUAAGUACGAAAUCAGUGACUUUUCAGUUUCAAUGCUCUUCAGAAAGUACAAAUGGAACAGGUGUUCAAGGGGGUCAAAUUCCUGAAUUAAUAUAUUAUGGACCAUCAUUGAGUUUGAGUGAAAUUGAUUAGGUAUAUUUAUUUUUUAAACUAUACUAAGACUAAUCGAUUUUGUCUCAAAUUUUAUAAUUUGUAUUCAAGUAUUAAUUAUGUAUGUUAUAUUUUGUUGGAAAAGAUGCAACAUUCAGGUAGCAUUUAUUAUUAUUAUGUGAUAUUUGUUGAUAUUUAUUACAAGUAGUAUA